AUGCUUCCGCGUCCCAGUCAUAAACGAUCCCUGUCUUCGGAGAACCGGUCCUCCUCUCCUGAUAGAACUCUUACGAAGGCCAAGUCUACAAAUGACCUCUCUCGAGUUGUGACCGGUAAAGCUGCACCGGUAACUCGAUCCACGAGUGCGGGAGACAUCCCCGAGAGUGGCUUCAGUACCUUAAAAGAUCCUCGACUUGGAAGCCUCCCAGAUACGUCAGACGAGUCGUCAUCGACGUCACACCACCCAGAUUUAAGCAGCGAGGUUGCUGCUCUGAGCGUCAAACUGGUUCAAGCGAUCAAUAAUCAAACAACUCUCGACGAUAAUUUAGUCGCCACCCGCCAAGACUUGGAGCUAGCCAAGAGCAAAAUUUGCUCUCUAGAAGCCGAGAACGAGAAAUAUCGUCGAGAUAUUGAUGAAGAGAUUCUUAUAAAGAAGUCCGAUGUGGACUACGAGAUUUUGCGUCUAAAAGCUGCCCUAGCAGAUGAAAAAGCGCAGCGUGCUCUAGUUGAGAAGGAGAAAAAGGGUAUUGAACAAGAGCUUGAGACUCUUACCGCAGCUCUUUUCGAAGAGGCAAAUAAGAUGGUGGCUGCUGCGAAACUUGAGCGUGAAGCAGUAGAAAAGAAAAAUGAGCAGCUCCGUUCCCAGAUUAAGGAUACUGAGUCGCUGCUUGCUUCGCAUCAAGAACAAUUGGCUGAGCUGAAGUCUGUUUUGCACGGGGCGAACCUCUCCAGGGACGACAUCGAGGCCGGUACAAUCAUGUCCACAGCACCAUCGUCACCCGCGGUUCCGCAGCAGUCGCCGGAGAUCAUUAAGAACAGUGCCGAAAACUCUGCUGUCCUGGAUAUGAUGCCAUACUCCGAGGAGCUAGUCCCUGGGCCCUCGACCUCUUUCCCGCAGUUCAUCAAGUCUGUCUGCCGAACAGAUCUGCCCGCAUUCGAGGAUUUCCGGGACCUCUUCCACUUAACGGCACAUGCUUCGAAGCCUCCUAGUAGGACUACCAGUGGAUCGUACACGGGUCUGAAUGUCAUGAGUUUGGCCAGUUUCGGUGGCAGUGCGUUCGGAUCAGCAUCUUCGUCUCCCGCCAAGUCCCAGACUCACUCCCCUAAUGGAAGCCUGUCCUCGCCGCAGCCCACGAAUUCCCAUAUUCCUCUGAAAGAGACCAAGUUUUAUAAGCGUGUAUUGAAUGAGGACAUUGAGCCGACGCUGCGGCUUGACGCUGCUCCCGGAAUCUCUUGGUUAACUCGACGUUCGGUAUUGAGUGGUAUUUGUGAAGGAACGCUCCUGGUGGAGCCAAUGCCUCCAGCGACGAAAAAAUUCGAAUUUCCCUGCUCGCUUUGUGGAGAGCGCAGAAGUGGCACUGUAAAUGAGAGAACCCAUCGUUUUCGAACGUCCGAUAGUGAGACGGCUCAGCGUUAUCCUUUAUGUGUGCUCUGUCUGGAAAAAGUACGGUCCGCUUGCGAGUUCACUGGUUAUCUUCGCCUUAUCCUCGAUGGGCAUAUCCGUGCCGGCGAUACAGAAGAGGAAAAGGAUUUCUGGGAAGAAACUAUUCGCUUAAGAGAAAGGAUGUUCUGGUCCCGAAUUGGUGGGGGCAUUGUCCCCAUAUUUUCCCAUCCCAACGAUAUAGUGACUCCUUCAGAUACGAGAGAGGAAUUUACUGAUGCUACCGUCAGCAGUUCAGUUGAAAGUCAACAAAACGCUGAUUGCCAACCUACCGAGAGCACUACUGUGCAAAUCGAACAUGAUGAGGACAAAAAGCAUGGCCAUCAUAAUCACCGGGAUUCCUUGCAAGAGGACCCAUUUUUCUGUACUCCUUCCGAAUCACCAGCUAGCAAUGUCGCGGUUUCACCAUUGCAUGAUAUCAGUGGAGCCCAGGGACUGAAUACGACUACCAAUGUUGAAGUCUCUAAGCAACUCAGUAGCGAGGUGACUGUUCCUAUCGACGCCGCUGACGACAAUGAAACAUCAGAAGUUCCAAUUCAAGCUGAUGAUUUAACGGCCGAGGAGACCACAGCCAAUAGCGGCGAAAAAGAGACUAGUAGAAACUGA